GGGCGCGGCGGGGCGGAAGGGGAAGUCGGCGUCCCUGGGAGCUGCGGGCCCUUGAGGUCGUAGGGGCUUCACUUUAAGUACCGUCUAGGAGAGGACCCUAGCUGUCGCUACGUAACAGACUUUAGUGUUUCUCCACGGGAAUUCCAGACGGCGACCCGCGGGGGUUCGGCGGCGCGGUCCGUUUGAAGCCGACCUGCAGGCCCGCUGCCCUCUGCUGGGCGUGGGGACGCAGCGCACAGCGACGCGGAGCCCUUUGCCAGAAUUCUUUUGAGCCUCAUUAAUCCUUUUAAUGCUACACACACAUAUAAUUGCAAAAUCUGCUGCGGGAGGGAGGAGCAUGGUAAUAAAACAGAGGAUCUUUUCUUAAUAUUUUAUUGGUCUGAUCUGAAAGAUGAGCAGAUCUCAAUUAGUUGGGGCACAGGCAGCGAUCAGCGUUCCAGGAAGAGAGACCGGCUUGCAAGGAAGAAUGGGACCGAAACAGGAAUUGGACAGUAAGCAGGUCACUCUCUAGAGGAAAGCUUCACAUAAAGAAAUGGCAAGACAUGUUUUGAAGACAUCACCUAUCCCUAUGAAGACAAAAUUGCUACAUCAAAUAGGAUUGUCACUUUAUAAUACCUCUCAUGGCUUCCAUGAGGAAGAAGUGAAAAGAAAACUUGAGCAGUUUCCUGGUGGAUCCAUUGACCUUCAGAAGGAAGACAAUGGCAUUGGCAUUCUUACUCUGAACAAUCCAAGUAAAAUGAAUGCCUUCUCAGGUGUUAUGAUGCUACAACUUCUGGAAAAAGUGAUUGAGUUGGAAAAUUGGACAGAGGGGAAAGGUCUCAUUGUCCACGGAGCAAAAAAUACUUUCUCCUCAGGAUCUGAUCUGAAUGCUGUGAAAGCACUAGGAACUCCAGAGGAUGGAAUGGCCGUAUGCAUGUUCAUGCAAAACACCUUAACAAGAUUUAUGAGACUUCCUUUAAUAAGUGUUGCACUAGUUCAAGGUCGGGCCCUGGGUGGAGGAGCAGAAGUUACUACAGCAUGUGAUUUCAGGUUAAUGACUACCGAGAGUGAGAUCAGAUUUGUCCACAAGGAGAUGGGUAUAAUACCAAGCUGGGGAGGUGCUAGCCGGCUAGUUGAAAUAAUUGGCAGUAGACAAGCCCUCAAAGUGUUAAGUGGGGCCCUUAAGCUGGAUUCAAAAAAAGCUUUACAAAUAGGAAUGGUUGAGGAGGUCUUGCAGUCUUCAGAUGAAACCGAAUGUCUCAGAGAGGCACAAGAGUGGCUCCAGCAGUUUAUCAAAGGGCCACCAGAAGUAAUUAGAGCUCUGAAAAAAUCUGUUUCUUCAGGCAAAGAGCUUUCUUUAGAGGAGGCAUUACAGACUGAAAGAGAUCUUUUAGGAACAGUUUGGGGUGGACCGGCAAAUUUAGAGGCUAUUGCUAGGAAAGGAAAGUUUAAGGAAUAGUUUUUAAAAAUAGGUACUGCAAGUAAAACUCCAAUGAUUAAUAUGUAUAAAAGUUAAAUAAUAUUAAAUAUGAAUGUCAAAACGACUUUGAAGGCUUCUAUUAGUAUAUCAGCUUUAAACAACUGUUUGAAUACCUGAACUCAUUGGCCUAGUUUUCAGUCUGUUUCAGUCUUGGGUACUUACCAAGUAAUUUUGAACAUCUGACUAAAAUAUGCAACACUUUCAGCUUAAAAAUUAUUAGUAAUUCCCAAAUUCCCAUAUUAGUUCUUAGGCUAUAACCAAAGACCAGUUUUUAAAAGAAAAAAAUGACACAAAAUCUAUUUCUGAUGUUAUUUUUCAUAAAGUCUUUGUCUUGCCUUACCUGGAAACAGUUUACAAAAAUAGCUUAAUGAAACUUAGAGAGCAAAAGUGGAGAGGGGUCGGGGGGACAGGAAAAUAUGCAAAGGUAUGACUAGUCCUUUUCUUUUGCUCCAAGCAGCUGGAGUAAAGAAGUCGUGGGCAACAGCCCUUCUUUUAAAUAAAGAUGCUCCUCACCUCAACCCUCUACACAUUUGGACCUUAUUUAUUUGAUCUUUUAAAUAAUUAUUAGAUUUCUAUUUUAAAUUAUCUACGAAUCAAUGAUAGCCACCAUAUAGUAACUCUACUAACUGCAAAAUUGGCCAGUUCAUUUGUGUGUGCUCCAAAAUUUCCAUACCAGUAGCUAAGAAGUACUAUAGUUUACGUAGUAAUCAAAUUUAACUUUGAUCAAAACUGCCAAAGACUGCAGAGACUUAAGGAAGCAUCCGGUAACAUACAUUUGCCUUUUACAUCAGAUUUCUAUUUUUUUCUGAAAAGUAGCUAGCGUUUCUUCUUCUAUAACUAGCUAUCUUUUAAAAGUAAAGUUAAUAACAAUGUGCAACUCAAAACUUUUAUGAUCAUCUCAGUAAUACAGACUUUAAAAAACGUAAGUCAAAGAAUUAAGUCCUAAUUCUAACCUAUCACAACAAGAGGUAAACGGAUGGACCUAGAGUCUGUUACACAGAGUGAGGUAAGUCAGAAAGAAAAA